AUGCUAGAUAAGUUCAAUAUGUGGAAGCGUACAGGCAAAAAAGAGUUUCAAGCAAUGUCAGAACUAUGCCGGACUAAGCUGGAUACUCUGCGGCGCUUGAGGAUCUGGCGUGAUUAUAUGAAGGGAAAUCGAGUGGACGAAACGGUAGAGAUUGUUUCGCUUUUGCAAAGCAACGACGACCCCUACCUCGACUACUUGGCACAAAUAUUUCCUACUGGAGAAUUUGAGAACUGGACACGAUGCCAGCAGCUCCUUCCGUUCGUCGAAAUAGCUUAUAAUAGUGUCCCAGCCACUCUUAGAUCAUGGGAAGCGUGGGCGCAUAUAGUUACUAACGUGGCAUGGUAUCUAUGGGCACAAGGAGAUUACGUCGUGGCACAAAAAAUGGGCAUCGAAGCAUUGAUAGUACGAGAGAGAGUCCUGGAGCUGAAUGACGUCCGGACUUUGUUGAGCAUGGAGAUCUUAGCAGGGGUUCUUUCGAGUCAGGGAAACCACAGUGAAGCAGUAAAACUGAACAGACGGGCUCUAGAAGGGUACCAGAAGUCGCUAGGCUUGCUACAUCCUUUUACGCUUACGAGUCUCAGCAACUUAGCCCUAGUACUACAGCGCAUGGGCAACUACAAGGAAUCAGAAGGGCUGAACCGCUUAGUACUCAAAAUAAGUAAGAUUAUACUAGGGCCACGCCAUACAGAUACUCUCACAAGCAUGAGUAAUUUAGCGCUGGUACUGCAAUAUCAAGGCAAGUACAGGCAGGCAACAAAGCUAAACCAGCAAGCUCUAGCUGGCUUUCAGGGUGUUCUUGGGGGGCGUCAUCCUGCCGUACUUACGAGCAUGAGCAAUCUGGCGGUACUGCUGCAGUGUCAAGGCAAAUACAAAGAGUCUGAAGAGUUGUACAGGCAAUCGUUGGAAGGCAAAGUAGACGAGCUUGGAUGGCAUCACCCCUCUACGUUGAUAAGUGUAGGAAUGAUCUCUCGCUAG